UUGAUAAGCAGAGCCAAAAUCAAUCUUUAAUUACGGUGUCAAGAUUCACAGUUUGUCUGUACAGAGAGGGCUUUGGACUUUGGAGACGAAGACCAAAAGCUUGGAAUUCCAGAUCUUGCUUCCUAAGGGUUUUGUUUCCAUGGCGAAGCACAGGCAAUCUCGUUUACCUACUCGGAAGUCGUCUUCUUCAUCUACUCUCAUUUUUACUCUGCUCAUUAUGUUCACCUUCGUCAUUCUGAUUCUUCUUGCUCUUGGAAUCCUUUCGAUCCCUGGAAAUUCCGGCGGUUCGCCCAAGGUUCAUGAUCUGAGCUCGAUUGUGCGGAAAACCUCCGAGGAUGUUGACGAGGAGAAAGGGGAACGGUGGGCUGAAGUGAUCUCAUGGGAACCUAGAGCCUUUGUUUAUCAUAACUUUCUGACAAAGGAGGAGUGUGAGUACCUAAUUAGCCAUGCCAAGCCUCAUAUGCAAAAGUCUACCGUUGUUGACAGUGAAACUGGAAAGAGCAAAGAUAGCAGAGUUCGCACUAGCUCUGGAACAUUCUUGCCGAGAGGAGGCGACAAGAUUAUCAGCACUAUAGAGAAAAGGAUUGCUGAUUUCACCUUCAUACCCAUAGAGCAUGGAGAAGGACUUCAGGUUCUUCAUUACGAAGUGGGACAGAAAUAUGAACCUCAUUUUGAUUACUUCCUUGACGACUACAAUACAAAGAAUGGAGGUCAACGUAUAGCAACAGUGCUUAUGUACCUCUCAGACGUCGAAGAAGGAGGCGAGACAGUGUUCCCUGCUGCCAAAGGAAACUUUAGUUCUGUACCUUGGUGGAAUGAGCUUUCUGAUUGUGGGAAGAAAGGACUUUCUGUUAAACCGAAGAGGGGCGAUGCAUUGCUUUUCUGGAGCAUGAAGCCCGAUGCCUCUCUAGAUCCUUCAAGUUUGCAUGGUGGCUGUCCUGUUAUCAAGGGGAAUAAAUGGUCUGCUACUAAAUGGAUGCGAGUAGAUGAAUACAAAGCUUGAGUUGAUGUGACCAAGGUUGGUUGACAUUUCUUGUUACUGCUCAAAGUCACAGGUGCAUUUUCUGUAGGGAAUCUCAUCAUUUCUAUAAUUUAACCUUACUACUCGAUCCCUGAAUCUAUGAAUUUUGAUGUGCUUAUCACAAGUUUUACAUUGUCAUCGAUUUCUUGUUUUUAUGGCCACGAGAGAAUAAGAGUUCAUAUUUUUGCCAGAAAUCCCACCUUCAAACCUCACUUACAGAUUCAUGUACAACUACUCCCUUACUAGAACAUUGCUAUAUUUUUCUAUUUGAUACAACCUUUUAAUGCCUUCAUUCU